CGCACGCACUCAGAGGAGAGACAAGAGAAGAGUCCUCACACCAGGAGAACCUGCAGACAAGACUAGACCAGACCAGACCAGAGCCAUGCUGUCCGAGUGUUUAGAGUUCCUCGGCCUCGGGCUGUGCGUCACGGGCUCCCUGAUGGUGAUGGUCGCGUGCGGGCUGCCCAUGUGGAAGGUGACCGCGUUCAUAGACUCCAACAUCGUGGUGGCGCAGACCAUCUGGGACGGUCUGUGGAUGUCCUGCGUGGUGCAGAGUACCGGACAGAUGCAGUGCAAAGUCCACGACUCGGUCUUGGCCCUGACUCAGGACCUGCAGACUGCGCGCGCCCUCACGGUGAUCUCCGCCGUGCUGGGCGUGAUCGCGCUCACGGUGACGGUGGCCGGGGCGCAGUGCACCAACUGCAUCAGGGACGAGGCCCUGAAGGCGAAGGUGGUGCACGCAGGAGGGGUGAUCUACAUCAUCAGCGGGCUCUUCGUGCUGAUCCCGCUCUGCUGGAUGGCCAACAACAUCAUAGUGGACUUCCACGACCCGCAGGUCCCCCCCUCCAAGAAGAGGGAGAUCGGAGCCGCCAUCUACAUCGGCUGGGCCGCCACGGCUCUGCUCCUGCUGGGGGGGACCCUGCUGUGCUGCUCCUUCUCUCAGGGGGUCCGGGGGUCCUACCCCAUCAAAUACGCACCCACCAAGAGCAUCACGACCAACGGGGACUUCGACAAGAAGCACUACGUGUAGACCAGAACCCUUAAGGACUGUGAGGACUGUCAGAGCUGGAGCUUCUUCUCUGCUGGGACACUUUGACAUGAUGAUGUGCGCCUGGAGAGUCUGAGGAGGAGAACUGAGCAGACUGGGACUACAGACUGAGUCCUGAGGGGAGACAGGGACUACAUGUGUUUUAUAUUAAAGAGUAGGAAUGUUUUUAUUCUUCAUAAACUUACUCUCAGGGAGAAGCUCAAACUUUCAGAAACGGUGCGAGGAAGAAAGACAGACUUUAUUCUCACAUGAAGUUAUUCUAAUGUCAAGAAUUAACUCAAAAUAUCAACAAGAAUCAAACUUUAUGAAUCUGUUGGCAGCAACAAGUUAAAAAAAACAACUUAAUUAUAUUAUUUGUGUGAGUUAUAUUUUAUUUCUCUGUGAAAUUAAGUCUGAAUAUAACUUUAAAUGUAAAAAGAAAGGAGAACUUUUCAAAAUAAGAGAUCAAAUUGAUGAGAAAUAAAAGUUAUAAUUUCCAGGAUGUUUUUUAAACGACUUGAGUGAAGACUUCUGUUUGUUAAAAUUCUGCAAAUUAAAUUUAUCUGGAGAGGGAGAAGCUCAAACUUUCAGAAACGAUGUAAGACAGAAAGAAAGACAUUUUAGAAACAAGUAAUUAUUGUGUUAGUUCCAAAUUUGACUAAAUACAGACUUUAGUAUCACAUGAAGUUAUUCUAAUGUCAAGAAUUUACUCAAAACAUCAAUAAGAAUCAAACUUUAUGCAUCUUUUGGCAGCAACAAAUUUUAAAAAAGCCACUUCUUUAUAUUAUUAGUGUGAGUUAUAUUUUAUUUCUCUGGGAAAUUAAUUCUGAAUAUAACUUUAAAUGUUGUAAAAUGUCUAAAUGUUGAAAAAGAAAGCAGAACUUUUCAAAAUAAGAGAUUCAAUUAUGAAGAAAUAAAAGUUAUAAUUUCCAGGAUGUUUUUUAAACGACUUGAGUGAAGACUUCUGUUUGUUAAAAUUCUGCAAAUUAAGUUAAAUUUUUCUGGAGAGGGAGAAACUCAAACUUUCAGAAACGAUGUGAGACAGAAAGAAAGACAUUUUAGAAACAAGUAAUUAUUGUGUUAGUUCAAGAUUUGACUAAAUACAGACUUUAUUCUUACAUGAGGUGAUUCUAAUGUGAAGAAUUAACUCAAAACAUCAAUAAGAAUCAAACUUUAUGAAUCUUUUGGCAGAAACAAGUUAAAAAACACUUUAUUAUUAUUAUUAUUUUAUUUCUUUGGGAAAUUAAGUCUGAAUAUAACUUUAAAUGUUGAAAGAAAAUAAGAAAUCAAAUUCAUAAUUUCCAGGAUGUUCUUUAAACAACUAGAGUGAAGUCACACGUUUAUAAAACUUCUGUGAAUUAAGUUUAAUUUUGUAAUAUUUUGACAUUUAACUUUAUUCUGAAAUGAAAAAAUCUACUUCCUCUAAUCUGUCAUUUCCCCUCACACUCUUUCCUCUCCGCCUUAUCUUGAAUGUACUUUCUGAAGCAUUUGUUGAGCUGAAGAAUAUUAAAUCUUCAGAUUAUCUUCAUGUUCCCUGAAUGCACCACGAGGCCAGUUCAAGUACAGUUUUUUUAGAACCUGUUAGUUAACCCUUUAAAGCCUGCUCAGAGGAUUCCUGCAGUCUGAGGAGUGUCCUGUGUUUGAAUGUGAUGCUGCAGAGCUUCAGUGAACAUGUCUGGUUCCCACAGUGAGCAGCAGACAGUGAAGCCUCUUCAGACCAAUUAGCGCUCAUGUUGUGAUGACAGGAGGUCAUUUGCAUUUGAAUGCAUGUACAGUGUUUUUGUAAUUCUUGUCAUUUUUUCUACUCUUUUAAUAAAAAAAGUUUUUCUAAUAAAGUAAAGAAACAUUCAGAA